AAGCCCCGCCCCGGAAGCAGAAUGCUGUGAGCGCGGAAUUUAAUCUGUGAAGCGAGUCGCGCUUUUUUUCACAGUUUCAGCGCGCGCGCGCUCAGAGAAAGACCAGCUGGACAGAUAAACAUCCGCAGCCUGAAGAAAUCCUCCCGUGAUUACCGGUCAGACAUGGCGACUCCUCCGAAGCGGCUCCGCGGAGCUCCGACCGGUUCCCCGCUCUCCGGCUCCCCGCUCUCCGGCUCCCGCAGACACAGGAAGAUCUCCAUCGAGGGAAACAUCGCUGCAGGUAAAUCCACCUUCGUCCGCCUCCUCCAGGCGUCUUCCUCAGACUGGGAGGUGAUCCCAGAACCGAUCGGGAAGUGGUGCAACGUUCAGAGCGACGGCGACGAUGUCUACCAGGAGCUGAGCUCCUCCCAGAAGAGUGGAGGGAACCUCCUGCAGAUGCUGUACGACAAGCCAAGCCGCUGGGCCUACACCUUCCAAAGCUACGCCUGCCUCAGCAGAGUCCGGUCUCAGCUUCAGCCUCCAUCAGCCAAGCUGCAGCAGGCGGAGAACCCGGUUCAGUUCUACGAACGCUCUGUCUACUCAGACAGGUACGUCUUUGCGUCCAACCUGUUUGAGAGCGGCAACCUGCUGGACACGGAGUGGAGCGUCUACCAGGACUGGCACACCUGGUUGCUGAACCAGUUUGAACCUGAUAUCGCCUUGGACGCCAUCAUCUACCUGAGAGCCCCUCCGCAGCGCUGCAUGCAGCGGUUGCUGCACCGCGGCCGGCAGGAGGAGCAGGGGAUCCCUCUGGAGUAUCUGGAGCAGCUGCACUUCAAACACGAGGCGUGGCUCUACGACAGGAACCUCAGGCUGGACUUUGAGUACCUCAAUGAGCUUCCUGUUCUGGUUCUGGACGUGAACGAAGACUUUCAGAACGAUCGGAUCAAACAAGAAGACAUCGUUGAUAAGGUCAGGGAGUUUCUCAGCACGCUAUGAAGCUUCUCCAAUCACCUCACAGAAUGUCAACAGCAAGGCUUCUGAUUGGACAGCAGCUCGUUAUGAUGUCCCCCUAUUGCGACUUUGUAAAAUUUUAUUUGUUAAAUUUUUAUAGUGAAAGUGCUUCAGUGCAUGCGUGUGCGUGUGUGUGUGUGUGUGAGAGAGAGAAUGUGUAUUUAUGCUUCAGGAUUUUUUUUAUGGCUCUCAAACACUGGAAAUGUUCCUGUUUCCUACACACUGAGGUGACAGUGAACACAUCACUUCCUAGAUUCUGUAAAUAAAUGAAAUUGGACCCAAA